AAGAGUUGAGAAACCUAACCGAACUGGACCGAACCGAAAUCGUGUAAGAGGACGCAGUUUUGUAUUUCAUUUAGCCCUAGUCCCUAACCCUCGCCUCGCUGCGUGCUGACUCGCUCACCUCACCCCACGCCGUCUCGCCUAACCCCGCGGGCUUCCUCUUCCCCUCGAGUCCUCGACGUCAACGUCGCCGUGUCUUCUCUCGACAGUUAAAGCACGAUUCUCAGUUCAAAGCUCGGUUCUUGGGGAUUAAAGCUCGACAUCGAUUCGUGGGGAUCAAAUUCCGUCUGCAAUUCCAGGUGUAGAUUUGCAUUAACCAUGGUUGAUGUGGAACAAGUUCUGGAAAGUGAUGCACCAAGCUCUCUAAUCGAUCAGCUUGGUGAUGCAUUACUGGAACUAAAUGCACACAAUGAUACUUCUGAGGACCGGGUUCAGUGGGAAGAAAUUGAAGAGCAUUUCCGCAACCUUGAGACAACACUGAGGAAGAAUUUUGAAGAGCUCGAAGCCAAGGAGAAGAAAUUUGCGGAGCAGGAAGCUGAAACCUGUGCUUCACUUGCGGAGAGAGAGGCAGCUGUUAUUGCUAAAGAGCAAGACCUUUUGGAUCGAGUGCAGGAGCUAAAAGAUGCAGCUGUUGCUGCUAUUUUUGAGGCACGAGUCAUUCACCAGCCAACAACUUCAAAACCUGUGGAUGAUGGGGAUAACAAAAACAGCAAGGUAAGCAGCUCUCUUGGUGAUACAAAUUCAUCAGAGGAGGAUUUUCCUCAUAAAACAGGUGAUAAUGCUGAGGGUACGGCUUCUGAGAUUAAGCCACGCCCAGCACUGAUGCAAUUUUGCGAGCAGAUGGAUGCAAAAGGGCUUCUGAAUUAUGCUACUGAGAAUUAUAAAAAACUAAAUAUUAUUCGUGAGGAACUUUCUGUUGCACUAGAAAGUGCAGGUGAACCAGCACGAUUGGUGCUGGAUUCACUGGAGGGGUUUUACCCUCCGGAUGAGACUAACCAACCAGAGGGUAAGAAGGAUGCUGCCCUUCAGGGCAUGCGCAGAUCCUGUCUAAUGUUUAUGGAAGCCAUGACUGCCUUAUUGGCAAAGGUUGACCCAGGUGCUGAUCACCUUUUGAACCCUGACACCAAGCAGCAAGCCAAAGCAAUUGCUGAUGAGUGGAAGCCUAAGUUGGCUAGUGCCGGCACUGAUGCUGCCAAUGGAAUUUCAUUGGAAGCAGAGGCAUUCUUGCAGCUCCUCGCUACUUUUAGGAUUGCUUCUGAGUUUGAUGAAGACGAACUCUGCAAGUUUGUUCUUGCAGUUGCUCACCGCAGGCAGACACCUGAGCUCUGCCGCUCUCUUGGUUUAACACACAAAAUGCCAGGUCUUGUUGAAUCAAUGGUCAGCAGUGGGAAACAAAUUGAUGCUGUACGUUUUAUUCAUGUCUUCCAGCUUACUGAAAGUUAUCCCCUUGUGCCACUUCUAAAGACGUACUUGAAAGAUUUGAGGAGAAAUUCACAAGGGGACAACACAGGAGAUGGUACUGGUGCACAGGAUGAUGUUAAUGCAAAAGAGCUUGCUGCACUGAAGGCCGUAAUAAGGUGCGUUCAAGAGUUCAAGCUUGAGGCUGACUACCCACUUGAUCCACUACAGAAAAGGGUCCAUCAACUAGAGCGAUCCAAAGCUGAUAAGAAGAGAAGUAAUGAAUCUAAACGUCAACAGCAAAAGAAGCAAAAAAUCAGUGGAAGAUGGCGUGGUUACCGUGGGCCAGGUGUUGCUGCAACCUCUGCCCCUGCUGCUGCUAGGCACGGGCAACCUGUUUUUGGUGAUAGGGCGGGAUAUGGUGGGAUAUUGGAGAGGUAUGCCCAGCGUCCACUCACAUACGAUUACCAAGUUCCCAGCCAGCCUGCUUAUGUUCCACAAGCUAAUGAUCAAAGGUUAUAUUACUAUCCCCAGGACGACAGAGUCAAACCAGCCCCUUAUAAUGCUACUCCAUCCAAUUAUGGCGGUUACGCUGGCAGUGGAAUGCAGUCUCAACGCCAGCCGUACAUGUAGCCAGUAGUGUAGAAUAGCCGGCCUAUGGGCAGAGGACGCAGGACAAAGCAUCGGAUUACCAUUUUGCUUUUCCCACCUAGCAUUGUAUUUUGAUGUGCCUUGCAGAUAUAUUUGCUGCUCGGAAUCUGAAAGAAUAUUUUGUUUUGGCUGCGAUUCCGGCUGGUGAGAAAUUUGUAGGAGUUAACUUUUCUAGUUAAAGAGGCCAUGAAGAUCUCCAUAACAGAAAAGCAUUGUACUGAAAAUUUUGCUAAAUGGUUAUGGGUAACUGUAGGCUUUCCUAUUGU